AUGAUAAAACAAGUUAUUCAUCCUGAAACUUUUUUACUUGAAAGUCCACAAGCAGCAUCAAGUUCAUCAUCAGAAAAUAAUCAAAACUCAAACAAUCAACAAGUUGUUUCAAAUGAUAAUCACCAACCUAAUAACAUAAGUAUAAGAAAAUCAUCACCAAACUCUUUACGAGUUUCAAGUUUUACUUAUUCAAGAGCAAUUUCUCAAGAUCAUAGUAAUAGCAAUAAAUUUCCAACUGUUAAUGCUAGUAAUAAUAAUGGUAAUGGUAACAAUGUAAAUGGUAAUCCUUUGACCAGCAAAAGGUCUAACUUUUUAAAAGUUUGUUCUUGGCCAUUUACAAGAAGUGAUAGUUUAGUUGAAAAAAAUGAAGAACAAGGAAAUGAUGAUAAGAUUAAUAAUGUGAAUUUAGUUAACGACCAAAAAAAAUUAAGUGAACAACCUCUACAAAUUCAACAACUAAUCAAUCAUCAACAACAACAAAAACCAUUAGCUGGAAAUCCAAGUUUAGGCAAUAAAAACGAACACACCAAUUUUAAUUAUAAUGAAAAAUUUAGUAAAGUUUUAUUUACAAGAAGAAAACAUCAACAACAAUUACAACAACAGCAAGCUCAACAAACAUAUAAUGAAAACAUAAGAAGAUGUAUAACUAUAUCAAAUUUAGAUCAAUCAAUGGGUGUUAAUUCAGUAAUUCAACAAGUUUGUGGGGGUCCUUUGGAAAAAAUUAUAAAAUUACCAAAUAACAAAUUAGAAAUAUACUUUAUAUUUCCUCAACAAGCUAAACAAUUUUAUCAAUAUGGUAAAAACACUGGAUUAUUAAUUGUCAAUGGUAUAAAAUUAAAAGUUGAUUGGUCUGAUCAAGAAUUCUUGAAUAAUCAUGGUUAUAUAAGCACCACUACCAUAAAUGAAGAUAUUGAAAAUUAUGAUGGUUUUAUUUUAGGUUGUAGCAACAACGAUAAUGCAAUAGUUGGAGGUAUAAAUAAAACUUCAAUUACUCAACCUUUCUCAAAUAUUGUAUCACCACCAAUGAAUUAUACAUUACCAAAAUCUUUGUAUAAUGAAAUAAUUUCAAAUGGGUGUAGAAGAUGCUUAAUAAUUUCUAAAAUAGUCAUUGGUAAAAAGAUAAGACAAGGAGAUAAAAUGUUUUAUCCAGAACCUGAAAUUCAUUAUUCCAAAAAUUUACAAAUUCAAGAUAUUAAAAUGGAUUUUGAACCAUUUGGAGAAAUUAUGGAUAUUGGAUCAGUUAUUUCAAGAAAAUUAUCUUUUAGUGUAUUUUAUUAUGAUAUUAGAUCUGCUAUUAAAGCUAAGAAUGAAUUUGAAAAAAUUGGAAGUAAAUUAAGUGAUAAAUAUAAAGAUUGGAGUAUAUGGUAUGGUAAAGAUAUAACUGACCGUGCUUGUUUUGUUUUAUGA